CAGCUUCCUAUGCGAGCAUUUGGCAUGGAUCAGAUGUAGUGCUUUCAAAGGCCAACAUUACAAUGUUUCUCAAAACGACUAUUUCUUGUAAUUACUACAAGUCAUAGUUUGGGUAGUAUUGUGUCUUAAUAGCCAAACUGUUGCUUGAGAACAGUGAGUUCUAGCGGGCUAGGCUCAAGUGUGAGGGAAAACUUUCAGCCGCCUAAGCAGUUUGUGUGGUUUUUUGAUGGGCUUGGGUAUCAGCUCCUUUUCCAUUUGAUACAGACUUUCGAAGUUCGUGAGAUAGAGUCGCAUCGGCUAUCAACUAUAAUGGCGCAAGAUGACUCAAAUCGGAGUGUCUUCAAAGAGCUUCCAGAUCAAGCAAAGGCAACUGUCGAGAGAAUCAAAAAGAUUAUUGGUGAAGACACUACAAAGAAGGAAGGCAAAGCUAGCAGUGGUUGGGGGUUCUCUAGUGAGGAUCUCAGCCAGGAAAUUCAGAGACUAUCAGCUGAGCUAAGUAUCAAUGGAUUCAAAGUAAGUCUGACUUUUGGGGAACAAAUCAGCGGCUACUUACUGACAAACCUGGCGAGUGUUGCAGGCAUACAACUGCAAAGUUCUCCACCUUGUACACGGCGGAAUUAUCCAGAAUGGAACAGGCCAUCAAAUCAUAAUCCCGUUGAACGGAAAAGCGAGCUUUCUACACGACAAACCUCUCUUACCAUGCCACUACACCACUCAAAAAGAAACUAUCUUGGGCGACAAUAUCGAUCUUAUAAUAAUGUCGCUGAAAAUUCUUUGAGACUUGUGGAGAGAAUCAUGUUCUGAACUUUCAGAUCGGGUAUAAGUCUUGAAGAAUGAUUAUGAAGGCUAUCGCUUGCCCAAAGGCUGAGAAGCCCUUAUUGCGAUUCAUUUUCCAUUGAAUACUGUAGAUCCAGUAUCGACUCACUCACAGCAGUAG